AUGCCUCACGCCGGUGCUGAAACGGGCUUUGCCCAGAAUGAGCCGUCUGUGUCGGCUCAUAACGAGCCACCGGAGAUUUCCAAGACAGCAAGCAACGACUUCUAUCGGAUAGAAGAAAUCCUGAUCGAAAGGUGCCGAACCACUCCAGAUGUACCUUUGAUCGGAUACCCUUCCAACUCUCAUACUGCAGAGUCAUAUGUCUAUUACACCGCACGGCAAUUCGAUUGCUUUGUUAAUGGAGCCAUUCAGGACCUUCAACGCCAAGGACUAGAAUCUCGCGAUGGCGAAUCAUCGAAAGAUAACAAAGUCAUUGCUCUGCUUGGCCCAGCCAACCUUGACUACGUUGUUACAGUAUUUGCAAUCGCUCGCAUGGGAUAUGCUGUCUUCUAUCUCUCCACACGACUGAGUCAAGAGGCCUAUCUCAGCCUCCUCAAGCAGACAGAUUGCCACCAUAUACUGUACGCAGAUUUACCGGCAUUGGAGAAAUCGGUGUCCGAACUGUGUGCUCAGAAGGCCAAUCUGCAAUCAUUCGCUUUCACAGCACAGUCUACGUACAUGGAAUGUACAACAUCAUCGCCGUAUUCAUUUAGGAGCCGACCCGGUGACGAUACCAAGACUGCAUACAUCAUUCACUCAUCCGGUUCAAGUGGACUUCCCAAAGCAAUUUUCAGCACCCACAAAGCUGGGAUCUCAAACUACACUUUCAGCAAGUCAUUUGAGUCUUAUUUUGUGACACUGCCAUUCUAUCAUGGUCAUGGGGUGAGCAUGUUCUUUCGAGCUAUCUUCAAGGGAAAGCCCAUUGCGCUGUAUAAUGCUUCAUUGCCAUUAACUGGAGGGUAUUUGGUCAAAGGCCUACAAUCCCUUACGCCCGAGAGCUUUCACUGCGUUCCAUAUGCAUUGAAGCUUAUUGCUGAGACUGAUGGUGGAGUUGAGGCGUUAUCAAAGACGAAGCAAGUCCUUUUCGGAGGAAGCAGUUGCCCAGAUGAUCUUGGUGAUAAACUCGUCGCAAGCGGCGUUCGCCUCAUCAGCCAUUAUGGUGCUACGGAAAUCGGGCAAGUUAUGACUUCUGAUCGCCCAUUAGGAGAUGACGCAUGGAACUAUCUUUAUCCAUUGCCAACAGCUGCGCCGUAUCUCCUAUUCGAUCUACUUGAGGAUGGUACAUUUGAAUGUGUCGUCCUAGAUGGCCAUCCCGCGAAAAACAAGAGCAACUCAGAUGAUCCGCCCAACUCUUAUCGGACCAGCGAUUGCUUUGCAAAGCAUCCCGACCUCGAGAAUCGUUGGAAGUACAUUGGCCGUCUUGAUGACCGAGUCAACCUUGUGAACGGCGAGAAGGUUUUGCCAAUUCCGAUAGAGCAUCGCAUCAGACAAAACAAGUAUGUCAAAGAAGUGCUUGUUGUUGGCGUUGGCAAGUUUUUGCCUGGACUCCUCAUUGUGCCAAGCGGCCAUGUCAAAGAACUCCCUCCAAAUGGGAUAUUUGAAGCUAUCUGGCCUGAUAUCGCUGCUGCAAACACUAAUGCUGAGGCAUUCAGCCAGAUAGCCAAAGAGAUGGUUGAGAUACUCCCUCUCGGUACUUGGUAUCCCAAGACGGAGAAGGGUACUCUGAUGCGAAAGGCGUGCUAUAAACAUUUUGAAAACGUGAUAGAAGACUUGUUCAAUCGUGCGAGUGGCUCAGAUCAAACUUAUCAUGGAGAGGCCUCUGCAGCAAAAGCUGCCCUGACUGUUACUGGAAUUGAAGAAUUCUUGACAGGCGUUAUCCAGCAGGAUUUAGGUCUGGUUCAUAUCGAGACUAACACUGACUUCUUUACGGCCGGUCUUGACAGUUUGCAAGCUAUCAAAGCCCAUGGAAUAAUCAAAAGGCAUCUUGAUCUUGGAAACGGCCUUUUGAAUCAGAAUGCAUUGUAUGAGCUCGGCAACAUUCAAAACCUCGCAGCUCACUUAUAUAAGCUGAGAACCGGCGAGAAAACAUCCGCAAAGGAUGAAGUCACAACCAUGAGCGAGCUUAUCAAGAAAUACUCUGACUUCAAGAAGUCAACGCCUGAAGCAAAAGAAGAAGUGCUUCUCACUGGUGCAACUGGAUCUCUUGGCUGCUACAUACUAUCGAAGCUUCUUUCCAAAGACUCGGUCAGAAGGGUUUACUGCCUAGUGAGAGCGACCACCGCCGAUUCCGCCUUGGAUAGAGUCAUUGGCACUCUGUCUCAAAGGGGGCUUCCAAUGAUCAACAUUUCAAAGAUCAGGGCCCUUCCCGCAGAUCUUUCCAAGUCGGACCUAGGGCUUAUGGCCGAUACCAUACACGGACUUCGUAACACACUUACCAAGGUCAUCCAUAGUGCCUGGGCCGUGAACUUCAAUAUUGGAGUUCGUAGCUUCGAGAAAUAUCAUAUCGCAGGCGUGCGGAAUCUCAUUGACCUGUGCCUAUCUUCGAAUCGUCAGUCACCAGCAGAAUUCUACUUCUGUUCUUCUAUUUCGUCUGCUGCCGGUACCCCCCUGCCGGCUACGAUUGCAGAGCAACCUGUGCCAGCUCUAUCGCACGCUCAUGAUAUGGGGUACGCGAGAUCAAAGCUUGUUGCCGAGCGCAUUGUACAAGCUGCCGCAGAACAGACAGGGAUUACUUCAAAGGUACUUCGUGUGGGUCAGAUUGUGGGCGAUACAGUUCAUGGUCGCUGGAAUCCGGAAGAAGGCAUCCCGUUGAUGAUUCGAAGCGCUGUGACUCUGGGUGCACUACCCGCCCUAGAGGAGACACCGUCAUGGACACCAGUCGACAUUGUUGCUCAAGCUGUGUUAGAGUUGUGCGGCAUAGAGGUCCCCGGGGUGAAUAUCAGAGGUCCUAUCAAGAAAUAUAGCGAGGAUCCUACUGUUGUUUACCACGUUUUGAAUUCUUCUGUAUUUCACUGGACGAGGGAUCUUUUACCAGCUCUUCAUGAUGCAGGACUUGACUUCGAGGUUGUUGGUCAAAGAGACUGGAUAAAGCGUCUGAGAGAAAGCGAUCAAGACCCUGUCAAGAACCCUACCAUUAAACUGACCGAUUUCUAUGCUGGGAAGUAUGACAACGACAAAAGUCGUGCAGGCUUAGUAUACACUACUACGCUCACAGAGGAAGUUUGCCCUUCCUUGAGGGGUGGUGUGAACCUGAUUUCGAGUGGAAUCGUCAAGAAGUUUGUUGACUCAUGGCGACAUGACUGGGAAAUCGUGUAG